AUGGAAGUCCAAAUUCCGGUUGAUCGUGCCCACGGGCCGGUAUCUCCUAGCCCUGAUGCAGACAAUGACAUUGCUCGCUCCACCUUCUUCUCGGUGUGGCCUAACCAAAGGGAGCUUGACAUAAUAUUCGGGGACUCAAUCCACAAACUAUGCAGCCUGUAUCCCUUGAUAGGCACCUUUAGCGGCUCGAAAAUUGAAUGUCAACAGCAGAAGCCAUCAUCCAUUGAGCAGGUCCUCCAGUCACCGCAGCCAAAAUCAAAUCCUGCAGCAUACGCUCGAUCGCUUCUGCUUCUCGCCGUAUGUCUUCAGGGCAGUGAUGUUGGACAAAAUUGCGCUCACUCUGACCUCAUCUUUGAUCAUCAAGAUGUUAUAUCACGCGCUGUGACCUCAGCGCACAAGAUAUUAGGGCAUGGAGCAACCAGCGAGACUGAAACAAGUCUCGAAGGCAUUAUGUGUCUGAUACUUGAAAGCAUGUAUCACUGUUUCGAGGGUAAUUUGCAAAAAGGCUGGCUCACCCAUCGUCAAGCGAUGCUCAUGGCGCAAUUAAAAGGUCUUCAUAAGCAGACGGACCCAGUAUCAGGUCAUGUAAAGGAAGAUGAUUAUCACCGCAUAUCUCACCAUUUGUGGUUUGAGAUGGUCAAUAUAGACAGCUAUUAUUGCAUGAUCCUCGGUCUACCCCAUGGAAGCUGUCAGAACCAUUAUCCGCUCAAUCUAAACGCACCCAAGCCGAUGACUGCUGAUCCGCAAACCCGGCUUAGGGAGGUGCAUUGCAUGGUAGCUGGCCGUAUUUUGAACCGCCAUCAUACAGGCCACGAAGGCCAGGCGGAGACAAUGGAGAUGGAUAAAAUACUCCAAAACGCAGCAGGUUGGAUGCCGCCUCGGUGGUGGCUUGACCCUACCAAGUCAUACUUUCCAUCCAAGACCUUCGGCGGCAUUGAAGAGUCUGGCCGGAUCAGAGAUCAACUAAUGCACUAUCAUCUGCUCAUUCAGCUUCACUGGCCGUACAUGGUGGUUCAGAACACCAAGCACGAGCCGCAUUACAGUACUAUGUCAGCCAUGAACGCUAGCCGAGAGUUGUUGAGUCGGUUUGUGGCGCUGAAUAUGCAUAGGACAACAAGAUACUACUGUCUGGGUGCGAGUAUGCUUGCUCUUGCCGCCAGUAUCGCGCUGUGCAUAUCAUAUAUAAUGAUUGGUGACGAUGGCGACAUCGGUGGUCUAAUGGAUCAUAUGCUUCAUCACAGGCCCACGGAUCGAGGCAUGAUGGAGGUUUCCCUUGAAUCAAUCAAAGAACUAUCUCUAACACGCACUCAUCCGAGCGUUUUCAAGAUGAUAAAUGUGUUCCGCGAUAUCCUAUCUGUUGAGGAGGAGGUUGCGCACGGCACCCGUUUUAAGGCGGUCUACACCGGUAACCACUCCCAUAAAUUUGAGUGCUACUCGAGAAUAAAUGACCAGCGCGUUGAAAUUUAUAUUCCUUCCCUCGGUUCCAUUGAUUUGGUCAGACAGCACGGUUCUCAACAUCCUGCCAUCACUGUAUCGCCGGCCAUGGGCGAUAGUGCAGACUCCGACCACCCGGAUGAUUCAGGAACAAUUCCCUCUUCUCGCGCAACGAUCAACCGCAAUCAAAACCAAGAUAUUACGGACAUAGAGGUCAGUUUUAACGACGCCAUUUUGGACUUUGAUCAAGAAUUCCAUGACAAGUGGAUGGUAGAGGAUGUAGAUGGAAGUAUACUGGAUUAUAUUGACUGA